CUAUUAAUAGAGACUUUUUACACGUCUCACUUCUUGCAUUCGCACUCAGCUAGAUAUCUCGUCCAUCUAUAUACCCUCUCUUCACUUCACCCGCUUACAUCAUCUGCUACCCAAGAACUGAAGUGAAAUCGUCGAGGAGAAGGAAAAGAAAACAAUGGAGGAAAUGGUAGCAUCAGCAGUUGUGCAGGAGGCUGUGAGUGGAGCCUUCUCCUUCCUGUUCAGCAGCCGCGGCGAAAAGGCGUCCCAGGAGGAACUCAUGGAGAGGCUGGAGAUGGCGCACAUGAGGCUGAAUUUGGGGCUGGAGAGGACCAGGAUGAUGCCCAUCACCAUCAUGACGUUGUUUUGCCUGAAGAAGAAGUUGAUGGAUGUCUCCAAGGAGUGCGGUGUUCUGCUCAGCAGGGCGAGGGCUCGUCAGCAAAUGGUACCCUCUUUACGCAGAAAGAUUAUGCAUACUGUGAUGCCCUCUUUCAUUGUCCCAAAUCAAGAUGUGCUGAGUAGCUCUGUUGUUGGAAGAUUUGAGCGGUUUGUCGAGGAAGCCGACAGGUUUGUCAGGGACGUGGACUCAGGAUGUUCACUUUCUCACUACAGGUUUCUCACUUCUCCCAUCAGACAUCUUCUUGAAGGCAAGGGUCUCUCCUAUUAUAUGGUGCAAGAAAGCAAGGGUUUCUCACUUCUUAUACUGACGGGUUAUAUGGAAGAGUAUGGCAGAGUCGCACUGCUAAAUUUUGAUUACAAAGAUCGCAAGGUGCCACUUAAAAAUGGUGAUCUAACGCUGAUUCUAAGACUAUACAAAAGCACAAACAUAGUUGGAAUUACCGCAAAAUGUUUGCAGUCACUUGGACCUCAAUUCAAGUCUUUGGUUGAAGAUGCAACUUGGGAACUCACCCAAUUACCCACACAAGACGUUUCAUAUUUCGGUUCAGUAUGGUGCGAAGGCAUGGUUAAAGAGAUUACACGUCGGAGUCCAGACCCAUUUUGUUGCACAGCUAGUGGACUCAACCAGCCUUCUGCUAGCAAUAUCAUUUCAUCUGAGUUAUCCGGCAGAUUUCCUCAAGAAGUUAUGUCAGUUGAUUUUCGCUGUUGUUUUUCAGCUUCUGAGUACUGCUCGCGGAGCUCAACUGAUGAAGUGCGUAUAAACGCUAUAAAGGCCUGGCCACCUCUACAGAUGCAUGUUUUCUUUGCACCUCAUGACCCAUUAUUCUCGGACGGGAGUAGCUUACACCAAAAGGAGGAGGAAAUACGAACAGAGGCAAUUGAUUGUUUCAUCCAUCAACCUGGUAUGACGGAAUACAGUAUGUACUGGUUCUCGGCACAUGGUAUUGCAGCCUUUUUUGUUUCAAAGCAGAUCACCAAAACUAGGAGGGCCUCAAAGAGAAGGCGGUAGGGAGCAGAGGAAAGGUUCCUUUUUGCUUAAUUAGCCUCUAUGAGACGGUUUGCUUAGGUGCCAGUAUUUAUCAUGGUCUUUUUGAUUUUUAUGGAGCUUGUAAACAUGGAUAUUAUCUGCCUAUGUUCUGUAAGCAGUUGUGCAUGAUUCUGAA